GAAUGACUUGGAAAGUUGGAGACUCCAGUGCAACCCAGCUCACCAUCUUCCAUAUAUAGGAAAUAGGAGCGGUUUGAACCCUCGUCAAAAGCCGCAAAUCAAGGAAUCCAACAAACUCAAUGCCAAACCCUAACACAUAAAGCCUCCUCCUUUUCUUUUUUAACAUCAUUAAUUCCACACUUUUCCCAGCAUCUCAAAGCAACUUCAUUACAACCUUAAACAUCCCAAACGCAAUAACAUUAUAACAAACAAACAUUAACCAUAGUAUAUGGUUUGAGAAACACACACACACACACAAGAGGUCCAAGAAAGAACAAAACAACAUGAUCCCAGCUUGUUUCAGCCAACCCAACACACCACGUUGUUCAAGAAGCAGCAGCAUUCAAGUGCCCCAAAAUCUAGUAACAUGCGUUUACCAAACUCAACUUUGCAACACCACCACCUACCUCACCCUCACCUGGUCCAGAACCCUUCUCUCUCACACCUUAACGGUUCACGCCCCUCAUAUUUUCUCCAUCGCCAUAACCUUAAACCCGUCAACCUUCUCCUUCUUCCGAACAAGGUCAGGUUCCAAAUCAGUAUACCUCUCUCGGCCCCACAAACGUUCUCAAAAACUCAAACUUUACUGGGACUUCUCCAAAACACUUUUCACCGCUCAAAACAACUCGGCCGAGCCAGACUCAUGCUUCUACCUCGCAAUCUGCUUAGAUGGAAGAGUUGAAUUCUUUCUGGGUGAUCUUGCUCUUCCCAUGCAGCUUUCAAAUUCAACUCACCAACUUGGUGACCAAAUUCUCGUGUCGAGAAGAGAGCACGUGUUUGGCAGCACGUGCUACGUGUCGAGGGGGGAGUUUAUGGGGUCCAAACGAGAGAUAGAGAUUGAGCUAUGCGAUGGAGAAGUGCUGAGAGUGAAGGUGGAUGGUGAAGUUUGCUUGGUGGUGAAAAGGCUUGCGUGGAAAUUCAGAGGUAACGAGAAAAUAUUUGUUGAUGGCGUUGAAGUUGAGUUCUUUUGGGACGUGUCGAGUUGGGUGGUUAAUGGUGAAGAAGACUAUGAUGGCAUUGGCAAUGGUUAUGGUGUUUUUGUGUUUCACGUUGGAGAUGGUGGCACCUUGUGGCCUGAGAUGGUGGGGCCGGAGAAGAAGUUGAUGAAGAAGAGGAUGGUGGGACCCACUGUGUCGCCGUCGAUGUUGACGACGUCGCCGUUGUGCUCCGAUGUGUUGCAGUGGGCGGAGGAGAGCAGCGAUGGAGGGAGGAGCUCGUGCUCUUCAUCAACCGGGUCUUCUGGGAGUAGUAAUGGUGGCUUCUCUUUGUUGCUCUAUGCUUGGCGUGGAAACUAGCUAGAGUAUGAAGUUUUGGAAUUGGAUUGGUUCAUUGUUCUUUUGCACAUUCAUGAUUUCACUUGUGAUUAUUGAGUUUUAACUUGAAGUGUUUCAGUUAAAGAAACUAUUGUUUUCAUGGGGAUUUCAACUUUGAUUAGUUAUUGGAGAGUUGAGUUCAUUUUUGUAUACUCACGUUUCCCUCUUGUAAAGUUGUUUUAUUUCCCAUGCGAAUUAUUUUUCUCAUGUUUGUCUUCAAGUAGUACGA